CGCCAAGGUCAUUCAUUGCCAAGAGAGAGAGAGAGAGAGAGAGAGAGAAGCUCAAGCAAUUUUCCCGAGAAAAUGUCAGGAAGAGGAAAGGGAGGGAAGGGUCUGGGGAAGGGAGGGGCGAAGAGGCACAGGAAGGUGCUGAGGGACAACAUCCAGGGGAUCACCAAGCCCGCCAUCAGGAGGCUUGCUCGCAGGGGAGGCGUCAAGCGCAUCAGCGGUCUGAUCUACGAGGAGACCCGGGGAGUCCUCAAGAUCUUCCUGGAGAACGUGAUCCGCGACGCCGUGACCUACACCGAGCACGCCCGGAGGAAGACGGUGACGGCCAUGGACGUGGUGUACGCGCUCAAGAGGCAGGGCCGGACUCUGUACGGGUUCGGAGGCUGAGGGUGGGGUCUUCUCGGGGUUCGAUAGUGACAAGGGUGGGGUAGGUUUCUGUGAUGUGUUGAAGGUCUAGUGAAGUUACGGCGGAUUGAUUUGUUAGCUGGGUUGUUGCUAGUGUUAUGUUAAAAUCAGAUGCAGUGUUUUAGGAAUCGCAGUUACUUUUCUUUGGGUACAAUGACGGUGUCAACGUGCUUUCUCAAUGUUAUUACUGCUGUUGAUAUGUAGUUA